UCUCAAAAGCCCAUUGAUUCCUCCACGCGUGGAGAAGCAUCAUCCUCUGGCCCUCUCCUUAGCCAGUCCUACUAAGCUCUUCCUGGGAAAGGACCUACCAGGACCAAGCAGCAUGAAUGAUGAAGGCUACAGCAACAUCUACGACACAAUCCAAAAGGGAAUGGACGACAAGGGUCCAGACCAGCUAGAGGAAGAUAAAGGUCCUUUAUAUGAUAGAGUCUGUGAAGACCUGGGGACAGAAAAUGGUCUGUAUGCCAACAGGUUAGACAACCACGAAUACGAUUCUUUGUCAGUGUAUGCCUUGAAAAGUGAAGAAGUUACCUCAGCCCACUGGGAAUCAGAAGUGGAAGGUUACCUCCUGCCCGAUGAGGUGUUUUCUGAGUCCCAGGAGGCUAGGGGCAUCUCCAUAGGAGCCUCACAGGACUCAGAGCCUCUCCCACGGGAGCUGCAGGAGAACGGAAGAAUGACUCGGGCAGAUUUGCCUCCUUUACCGAGCUUCACUGUUCAGCACAGCAAGGGCUUUUCCACCAGCGGGGACUCCCCUACCUGCUCUUCCUCUGCUACUGAUUUUGAAGAAAGUAAGGCAGCUUCCAACAGCCCCGAGAUCUUCCUGUUCGUGAAGGCUGGAAUUGAUGGGGAAAGCAUCGGCAACUGCCCUUUCUCUCAGCGUCUCUUCAUGAUCCUCUGGCUGAAAGGAGUCGUGUUCAAUGUCACCACUGUGGAUCUGAAAAGAAAGCCAGCGGACCUGCACAACCUUGCUCCUGGCGCGCACCCGCCCUUCCUGACCUUCAAUGGGGAUGUGAAGACUGACGUCAACAAGAUAGAGGAGUUCCUGGAGGAGACCUUAGCCCCGGAGAAGUACCCCAAACUGGCUGCAAGACACCGGGAGUCUAAUACUGCAGGCAUUGACAUCUUCUCCAAAUUCUCAGCCUACAUUAAAAACACCAAGCAGCAGAACAAUGCAGCCCUUGAGAGGGGCUUGACAAAGGCACUGAAGAAGCUGGAUGACUACCUGAACACCCCUCUGCCAGAGGAGAUCGACACCAACACCCGUGGGGAUGAGAAAGGGUCCCAGCGCAAGUUCCUGGACGGGGACGAGCUGACCCUGGCCGACUGCAAUCUGCUCCCCAAGCUGCAUGUGGUCAAGAUUGUGGCUAAGAAGUACCGAAACUAUGACCUCCCGGCUGAGAUGACAGGCUUGUGGCGGUACCUCAAGAAUGCCUAUGCCCGGGAUGAGUUCACCAACACCUGUGCUGCUGAUCGCGAGAUCGAGCUGGCCUACGCAGAUGUCGCCAGACGCCUCAGCAGAUCCUGAGCUUAGUUGUCUGCUGCAGAGGAACUCCACAACUCCCAAAGGCCUUCACCUCCACAGACUUGUCUUCCUCAUUGCCUUGAGGAAAGAUUCAAAAGGAAAACAAAUAGGCGGCACCUUGCUGGCACCCCUGAACUCAACUCCAGCCUGCUACCUUCUAAGAUCAAUGCCAUCCUUCUGCCUUGUCCCCCAGGAGCCUGGCAAGAGGAAAGGACACAGCCGCAGAUCUCCCUGCCUGCUUGCCCGAUCUAGGGCCAGUGUAUCUGGGGUCAGUUUGGAAAGCUUCCCAGGGAUUGUCACUGGUCCCUUCUGCCAACAUCCUAACGCUUUUCCAGAUGCUUUAGCAACUUCAAUGCUGGCUUCUCUCCUGCCCCCACUUUCCCAGUAACUGCAAGGCCACAGACGAAUAUGAUCAUCAGGGAGGGAUCCGGGCUUUGAUUGGGAGACAGUGCUGGGGGAGGGACUCAGCUGGGUGUGGCUCUGGGAACCUAGCAGGGCAGUUCCAGCUGCUCAGAGGGCCAUAUUGUAUUGUCCCCUUGGAUACACCUCCAUUUGCUGCAGUGCUGAGACCUGGUGCAAUAUGAAUAUAUCCUGGUGGGCAAUGAUCCCAGCUUUCCGUCUGACUCCAUUUUGCCACAAAGGCAGUUGACCUAUAAUUCUAAACUGAGGUGACCCAACUGGAGAGGGACUUCUGAGAAACAAUGUUGAUGCCAAAAGGCCCAGCAGGGUCUACAGCCACAGGGGUCACUGACUUAAAAGCAGUCAUCCACUGGAGCUUACAGGAGUGUGUGAGUGUGUGUGUAUGUGUGUGUGUGUGUGUGUGUGACUGUGUUCUUCAAUCAGUGGCUUUGGGUUGGAGAAAGAGACGGGAGGGGGAGGAGGAGGGAUGGGAGGAGCUAAUGCUGUGAGUUUGAUGUAGCCUAGUAAACCUUUAGAGCAAUCUUCUCUCUCAUUAUCUAAAUCUUAGACUGGUGUUAGGACACACCUACCAACCAUAAAGCAUCGGUCCAAAACAUCUUCCAGGCCUGUCCUAGUCACUUCCAGACGUGGGUUGCCAACUGAACUGUGCAUGGGCUCCUAGUUUCUUCAGCCCCAGCCUCUGAUGGAAGAGAAAUUCUAUUAGGGAAUGGUGUAGUCAGUGCUACCUUCUUAGGAAGGAAGCCCAUGGCUCUUCUGACUGGGAAGUCACAGCUUGAAUUUAGAAAAUGUGCACUGUCCUGGGUUGCUUUUCCCAACAUCAGACUUUAAAGUAAAAAAAAAAAGCAAUAUAUUUUUUUUAAAGCUAAUAUUUCUCUCCUUAGUCAUUCACCUUGUGUUUUACCUACGAAGCUCAUGGGGCCUGAACAUGGGAACCUGGGCUGACCAGGCGCUAUGACAAAUGAGUUAAUCAUUAGCUCUUCCUCGACCUGUGAGCUAGCGAGUGCCUGGGAGAAAUCCAUUCACUGAGCCUCAGCUCCAACAAUCCUGCCUUCUGUGUCCUUGCCAGUCGGGGCGAGGCUCCUGAGGGCCGGAAAGCCCCUGGACUUGGCUCAUUACUCUGGAGGGUGGGGCAGCAAGGGUCCUUUCCGUAGAAACAUCAACCAACAUGUGCUAACAGCGAACAGCCACUGGGAUCCCCCCCCCCAACCUCCAACCCCCGCCUCUAGGGAUCGCCAAAGCAAAGCAUGACCAUUGAUCCGAGGAGUAGGGAGGAAGCAGGAGGUCUCCCUAGCCCAUUGAGGAAAAGGACUCUGCCUGCUACGACAUUUUAUAAACUUGAAAGGGGCUUGGAAGAUACAAAAUGAGUCGAUUCAUUUCCACCCUACAGGGACCUUUCCACAGGCUCUUGGCAAGCUUCCCCUGGGGAUGCUUAAAAGUGUAGCACUGCUGAAGGAGCAGCCCUUUCACUGCAGGGAAGAGUCCCCCAAUGGGCCUCCAGGGGGCGAGGGGGAGGAGAGCUUCCGGAGCCAUGAGAAGGCCUCCGUUGAAUUAAUAGGAAACCAUGCUGUUCUCAGGAAUCCUUCCCAGAAUUCACAAGCAAGCAGGGUUAACUCUAGGCAGCUCACAACGCGGUGUCCUGCAGGUGGACUGAUAGUGAGGAUGUGAAGAUCAGUGUAUAUUUAGAGGGGCCUCAGAAGGAGGGGGGAGUACUCGAGACCCUCACGUGACAGUCUGAACCCAGAAAUCCGCAAGUUUUCAAAAAUAAACUGAGUCAAUACUGUUUCUAAAAGUUCCUCCUGUUUUACAAAACUAGCAAUAUUUAGGCAAUGUGGAGUAUUAUAUGAUCACUCAUAACCCCUUUAAAGAGAGACAAGAUUAUAGAAUGGAGGCUCUUCCAAGUACUUGAAUUCAGAAGUAAUUUUAAUGUCAGAUAAUCAUAAUUAGACUGACCUGUGUUUUAGGACAUGUGUAUAAAAAUAACAAUAAAGCAAAUGAUGAUGAACCCCCUCCCCCACCCCAGAAAAGACUUUUCUCCCGAGGCUCCAGUUUCUUUGGACCUUGUCAAGUGUUUGAUUCAUUCACCAUCUGCAGCCCGCAGUGAGGUUCCAAGUCCCAGCUCAGACUGUGUGCAAGGCUUUGCCUUGUGGACACGACCUGCAGAGCCUGGAUAGGAGCUGUUCUGGAAAUCCCAGUCCCGCAAGAAGCGUUUGGGUGACCGAGAAAGGGAACUAUUUGAUGGAGCUAUUUCUUUUGUAUCCAUUUCUCACCCUGGAUUGUCACAUGGCAAUCUUGUGUGUGUAAGAGGUAAGUGAAAGUUGAGACAGAGAGACAGACAGACAGACAGACAGACAGACAGCCUAGAGUCAGACUCAGAAUGACUGAGUUGAGUGUAUCUACCUGUUUAAAACUGCCGAGGUCUUAGAUUGACCCAGAGAGAAGGCAUUGGUUCAGAUAUUAGUAGCUAUACACAAUAAGAAAGAAAGUGAGUUUUUGAUGAUUUCAGAACAUUUCAUAGCCCCUUGAAAAAGAAAAAUCCCUGCCAAAUUCAGGGUCACAGGCAUGUGUAUAGCUCACCUUUUAAAUGGAGGUCUAGAUAGGCUCCGGGCAGCAAACAAAUGAAUUGCAAAGUAGAAAAGAGUCAGGCUGUUUAUUUGGCCAGACAAUCCUAAACUAGUUCCAGCGUCCUGGUAGAUGGCACUGUCCCUGGUGUUCCCCUCUGGAGCUGAUGGGACCAGACCAGAUCUUCAUCUUUUCAUUAAAAAAAAAAAGAGUUGCUCCAAGAGUGAUGUUUGGGCCAUGUUUCUGGUACCUUCUGGAUCUUGUGAGAUGAGUCAACAGGAGAGAAGACAGCACCAGUGCUUAGAGGUGGGAAUUCUGCAGAGAGAGAGCCCUAAGCAUUUUAGGACCAUCCUGGAACGGAGGAUGCCUGGCACAGUCAGGUGCUGAUUAUCUAAGCGUGCCAGGGACCUGCAAGGCCCAGGAAAAUGUAUUAUGAAGGAAGACCAGACAGAGUUCACCACCACUGAAAUAGUUUGCAUCUUCAAUCAAAUCAUUCUAGAAGCAAUAGGUAUCUGGGAGGUGCUUCUGGGGUUCCCCUCCAUCCUUCCAUGGUCCAGAAGUCAGCUCAGUUCAAUGAAUCAGUGAACUAUUGUGACCCUGCUUGGAAACAUGAAACAUCAACUAGUGAUUGAAAUUAAGUUCAGUGAUUCUCAAGGGUUACAUUUUGAAAUCUAUGUAUUUGUAUCAUAAAUAGUCAUACAUAUUAUACAUAUAUAUGACAUUAAGAAAGAUCCUUAGUUACCAGAAAGGAAAGUAGUGUGCCUAUGAAACUCCAGAUUCUGCUGAUGGGAGAAUGUUUGUGGUCUUGUCAUUGGCCGUGGGGCCCUUCUACAGACAGACCAGUGACCAUGUGGCCAAUGCUCUCUACCACUCAAACUGACAGCUUGUGCUGAGUUCUAAGUGCAUCCUCUUCCCCCUUUACAAUAUUCCUUUCUCAGCCUAGUUUCAAGACGCUUUCAUCUUUUUAGUAAGCAUGAAUCAAAUUGCACAGUCCUACUGAAUGUUGUUGAAGGAAAUAAGUCUAUUCUACACUACCACCAUAUAUACUACCAAAAAUUAACAAAGCAUUGUUCCCAUAUGGGGUUUGAGUUAAACUGUAUUUUCUAUAAAAUCAAUCUGAUGUUUGGCAAAGCGGUUUUGAAGACACGGUAUUUUUGUAUAUAGCUAAAGAUGUCCCAAGGUAGACUAAGAAUAUGUUUAUAGAAAAUAUCAGGCUAGGAUCUAGCACGGAUGGUAGAAUGUUUGCUUAGUAUGCAUGAAGCCCGGGGUCAGAUAUCCAUCACUACAUAAAUCAGGCUUGGUAGUGAACUUGUAAUCCCAGCUCUAGGGAGGUGGAGGCAGGAGGAUCAGAAGUUCAAAGUCAGCUACAUAGCAAGUUGGAGGCCGACCUGCUAUAUGAGACCCUGUCUCAAAGAAAAACAGCAAAAUAAAAACAAGCAAAAUAUUCAGCCUCUAUCUAAAUUUGUGCUCCCCACCCCCAGCCACCUAGUUUUUCCGAUUUGUAAACUGGGGAACUAACUAACUUAGCAAUUGUAAUGAAUCAAUACGUAGAUGAUCCAAAUGGUGGUAACUCACUUUUCUUGAGACCCUUAACUGUGAUGAAAAUAGGCCUUGCUUUCAAGCCUUACUAAAUGUAACAUACCUUUGAAUACACAUCAAGUCAAAUGCAUUCUUUAUAUCUUGAGCCAGCUGUAAAUGCAUUUUCCAGUCUCGAUUGGUAUUGACUGAUUCAAAUAAAGUUGGUUUAUUUUCAAAUAUUA